AUGGUCUCUUCCUCUGAAGUCCCAAGUCACUUGUCCACUAGUUGGAAAGCCACCGAAGCCCCUUCUCGACGUUCAUCGCCCCGUCUCUGCUCCGCAUGCGAUGCUUGUCGUCAGUCUCGCGUCAAGUGUACCGGCGGUAAUCCAUGCCAACGUUGCGGGAAUAAUGGUGCAAAUUGUCACUACAGUGUUUCGCUGCGGAAUGGAAGGCUGAAGGCGAACAGAGUGCAAAAGCCGGCUGCUCAAGCUUCGCCUCCCUACAGCGAUACUCUUAUCGGUAGACAUGGCCGCGGAAGCUCGAGAGAUCUGCAUCUGAACGACGGCCGAAGUGUGGACCCAAAUACAGUAUCUCCUCCACAGUCUGUCUCCCACGAUGGGUUGUCUUCAUGUGAUAAACAUUCCUCUCUCCCGGGGCCCUAUUUUGCAACGGGAUUGAAUCAUAAUGCUUUACUCCAAGUAUCAGCUGGUCUGAAUGUCCACCACCCAUUCAGUACUCCAACGGAUUCUGCAACCUCCAACUUGGUUCUGUCGUCAGAUAUGCUACUCGGCAUAGGCCUAGGUUCUGGCAGUUCCACAGAUGAUGAGUGGAGUUCUUCGACUGGAAUCUCUAGCUUUAAUCUGCCACCGAGCCCGUUUGACCUCGGUAGUCGGCCUCGUUCAGCUAGAUGUGCGUGUAUGAGGGCCCAGCUGCUCUGCAUCGCUGAGCUAAGUGGGGCUCAAGAUGACAUUGACCAGAUGGUCCUGGGUUCCAUUCUGGAAUUAUCUCGUCAAACGUGUGAACAAAUUAGACAAGAGCUGUCCUGUACGCUCUGCACAAAAGACUCACUCCGAUUUAUCAUGACCAUGGUUGCACUCCAACACCUUACAAACCUCUUCUACAGGGUGGCCAAGAAUGGCGCAUGGUAUGUCUCCAAUGCGAGGCUGGGCUUAGGAUCAUUUCGGCUGUCCGAGGAAGAGGACCGAGCGCACAAGAGCUUGCUCGUUGUCUCAUCUCUGAAUUAUGUUGAUACUAUCCUGGACCUGCUGGGAAAUUCGGUGCGAGAGUUCCAGUACGCAGAAAUUGUGCAACAGACGACUGGUGAAACAGCAACAGAAACGGGUUGCUCUAAUAUCAAAUGGACCAUGGAGACGGUAUCCCGCUUGAGGUGUCAAGUCCAAACGAUGAUCAAAGUAGUUGGGGGGUUAGAUUGGGGACGCACUACGAGUGGUAUUCAGCAGGGAUAA